AUGAAUUCUUCAACACUGGCCGUGGACGUCUCACGCUUGAUAGCUGAGCUUGAUUUUGUCAGACAUUCACCACCUGAAGAUGAAGCAGCUCGUAAGGCUUUGUACGAAGCCAUAAGAGGCCUCUCCUUCUCCUUGGAGACGCCUGGCUUAUCAUUCCAGCGUAUUGCAUAUGCGGUUAGUCUCUACCUCUUCACGGAUUGCCCUUUUGACGUGAAUCAGCCUAUGCAACUUCAUAUGGCCCAAUUGGCAAACGACAUAAAGCUCUUUGACAUUCUAGUCGAACAGAAGGAUGCGCCUACCACUACCUCUGAGCUUGCGAAGCAUACGAAAACGAACGAAACCUUUCUUGGCCGGAUUUUGAGGUACAUGGCUUCUUAUAGCAUGGUAACAGAAGUAUCAGAAGAUUUGUGGAGUGCCAGUAAUGUCACACGAGCGCUCAAUCUGCCUGGGUUGAAGGCUGGAAUUUCCUAUAUACACGACGUCAACGUACCAUACAUACAAGCGAUGACGAAAGUCUUCGCAGAAACCAACUACGUAAACCCUGACGAUACCGUGACCACCGUCUUCCAGAGAGGCCACAAUACGGACCUCAAAUACUUCGACUGGCUAGCCGAACAUCCCUCCCAUCACAAAAAUUUCAACCUUUGGAUGACGGCAUUUCACGAAUCGCAGAAGAGCUUCCUGGACGUAUUGCCUUUUGAUGAGAUGAUCGGGUCCCAUUCUAAGGUCGACACUCCAAUCUUUGUCGACGUUGCAGGUGGUCUAGGCCAUCAAGCGACAGCUGUGAGGCAAAAAUAUCCGGGGCUGCCUGGGCGCAUUGUUCUUCAGGACCUUGCGAAAGUGAUUGCUCAAGCGCCUCCGACUGAAGGUUUGGAGAUCAUGGAGUAUGAUAUUUGGACCGAACAGACGCUCAAAGGUACCCGCCCUUUUAUGAUGAUUCCUUACUUGUUCCUAAUUUCAUGUGCUCUUCUCGGCUAUUCGGGCGCGAAGUUGAUACCACAAACAGGAGCACGUGCCUACUACUUUCGCAACAUCUUUCACGACUACCCUGACCCCAAAUGCGUGACGAUCCUGUCGAAUACUAUGGCUGCAAUGGACGAGCAGUCCGUCAUCCUCAUCGAUGAAGUGAUCUUGCCUAAUAAAGGCGUGCAUUGGUACGCAGCGCAGAUGGAUAUUACGAUGAUGCUGGUCCUGGGGGCGCUGGAAAGGACGAAAAAACAGUGGGAAGCAUUAUUGGAGAUGGCGCGGCUGAAGAUUGAGAAGACCUGGACGUAUGGGGACGAGUUGGGUAAUAGUAUUUUGGUUUGUGUGAAGAAGUGGGAGGAUGAAAAUUCGUUGAAGUAA